ACGACGGCCAAGGAAACAUCACCGUGACAAAGAUCUCGCCCGAUGGUUACAGAGAAGUGACGGUUAAUGGCGUGCCGCAGAGCAGUGGCAGGCCGCCCAGGACUGUGGAAGAGCAGCACGGAGGUGGUUCGGCAGCAGCGGGCAGAGAACACACAGCAGCGCAGGUUUACGCCCACUGAGGACCAGAUGAGCCAUGGGAGCUCGGCCAGAUCAAAGUGACCGGGCAUCGCCUAGCUACGAUGUCGGACGCGAUGACGAAAGCGUUGUGUCAGUCGAGAUUAUUGACAUCAGCAGCGACACUGACAAUGCCGAGGAAGUGCUAAAACCCGCUGCCCCCAGGCCCGCUGCUACCACUCCAAAGCCCGCUGCCACACCCAGACCAGUGUCGCCCCCCAGGCGUGCAGCCCCCACGGACCACAGCUCCCCAGCCUACUAUGCACCGUCCAAGCCCAGGACUCCACCGGUCUCAAGCAGGCCUUCCAGUAGCCGCACGCACAAGGUGUCGUCUCCACCCCAGACACAGCCGCCGCCGAAGCGGCAAGAGAAGGUGUUUAUGGAAUCUGCGGCUGCCAAGAGCACGCGGCCGCCGACCUCGUCGCCGCCUUCCACCUACAUGCGAUCAUCACCAGUUGUGGAUGCUUCUGGAAACCCGCGGCCAUCUCCUCGACACGUCAGUGCAGCCGUGAGUUCAGUCGCUCAACCGCACCCAGCACGCCUCCGAGCUCUGGCGGGCGAUCACGCUACGCACCAUCAGCGCUCAGCAGCCGUCACUCAGACCAAAGCCGACGGCGAGAGUAUUCUGGCUGCAGCCCGCAGCAAGCUUCGGCCAGCGAAAAAGCGCGAGGAUCCGUCUCCCGAGAGCUGGGAGUUUGUGGAGCGCCCGCAGCAGCAAGAGCCAGCAAAGCCCGGGUUCAUCGAGUCGGCGAUAAAGAAAAGCACGAACGCGCUGAAAGGGACGCCCCAAGAAGAACAGCAAGACGCCGCCCUCCCGCCCCGCUACCGCCCAGCAGUCCCGUGAGUACGCGCCCGUGCACCGCCCGCCACCUGUGUCCACGCAGCCGCUGAUGUCAGCGGCGGAACUACGCGCCGGCUACACUGACAGCAGGCAGCACUCAGGAGCCAUGAGUGACUAUGGCGCAUAUGGCCGCACCGCA